CUGCCCUAGGCCCUGGCUAAGGAUAGGGCUGCUUAGUGCCCUGGGGAUCUAACAGUGAGAAGUGCUUUCUGAUUGCAGGCCCCGUAAGUAGCCAGUGACGACCCUCCGGGCCCGUCGUUCCUCACCAUGGCAGAGGACGUCCUCAGUACCACCCUGUCCGUGCCGGGAGCUGCCCUGCCUGUGCCAGGAGUUGCCCUGCCCAUUCCGACCCCGUCCCUGACCUUGGAGCAGAAGGCAGCCUUUGUCUUCGUCUUCUUCCUCUUCAUCUUCCUGGGCCUUUUGAUUGUCCGCUGCUUCCGGAUCCUGCUGGACCCGUACCGGAGCACGUCCUCCUCCACCUGGACGGACUACAUGGAGAAAGACGCGUCCGAUUACCGCCUCCCCUGAGCAUGGGCCUGGGGCUGCAGGGGGCUCUUAGCAAGGGGAGAGGAGGGAUUCUCAUGACCCAGGCAGCCCGGCCUGCAGAGCUUGCCAGGACUCUCGCUUUCAAGACAACAAGCUACCUGCAGAUAGGAACACACCCUGGUGGUGGUUGCCCUGAGGUCAGAGCAAGCCCUUAGGCAUGUGCCACUGGCUGGAAGGAUGCGACUGCGGGCACUGACCAGCGGCCCUCUCAUGCAACCGCCAGUCAAGUCCCACUAGGGAAAAAGGGGAGCUUUGUCCUUCGGUCAGCACAACAGAUGGUGCCUGAACUCUAGCCCUCGCCCGGGUUACACAGGGCACGAUGCUCUCCUUGGCUUCUCCUUCCCCUUGCCGGCUGUGAUGGCACUCGUUCUCGCAGCUCUGAGGUGGAGUGACAGACACAGUCUGUACACCUGUAGAGUCUCGCUGGCCCAUGCAAGGUUAGGGAGGGACCUGAGAACAGCCAACACUCCUGCAUUUAUCAGGGGAUAAAAUCUGGAUGGGGGAGUUGGGCAGUUAGCAAGAAGUCACAGUCAUCCCACAAGGACAUGAGGAGUCAGCCGGUGGUGGUGAACCUAAUCCAAUUAAGUCACGUUCUAUCCUACAACCUGUCUUUGUGCAAGAAUCACACGGAUGCAGAUGAUAAAAUGGGAUAGGAAUCAACCAGUCAACCCAGACAGCUGUUUCCACAUUUGAUUACCCUGGUACCUACUGAGGUCAUCAAGGUCUAGAGAUCUAGGGACUUACAUCUCAUCAUGAGUCUCUGAGCAACUCUGAUAAUAGCUCCCUUCACUGAUGAGCAACACUCGUCUUCACACUGUAACUUGACGAUUAACUCCCAGGUGGUCCACAAAGUACCAUCAAAGGCAACAACUUUUGGAUUUAUGCUGCACAGGCAGGAGCAGACGUGGCUUAGUUUUCCUCUUCCCAGCCACGUUUUUCACUCUUGGGUGGUCACCUUUGCUCUUCCGCCUAUUCACGGUGAAGUGUUGGGGGC